GUGACAAUAUGAAAAGGAGUUUACAAAUGUUUGUGCUUUAUUUUAUGUCUAAAUUGUAGAAAGUUAGUGAUUUAAUUAUCCAGUUUAUUUUUUAAGUUUAAAUUAUUUGGUGUACCAGUCAUAAUGUCAGAAUCAGUUCCUGUAUGUAAGCUGGAUUUAUACAGACAGCUGAACCUUCCCAUACCAAAUACUGGACCUGGCUCUCAGUUAAUGAAAGAGGAAAGUGAUCAGCGAAAUCCAGUGCGAUGUAAAAGAGCUAUGGGUGGCAAUGAAGGACCAAUCUGUAAACGGGAUAUUUUGAAGCAAAUGGGCCUGCCAGUACCAGGGGAGGAACCAGCAGCUGAUAUGGAAAUGUUUGUGGCGUCUAUGGAACAAGAGGUGAGAGUAAUGCAAUCUGAGUUGAGCUCAGUACAAGCAGAAAGAAGACAACUAGAAAUGCAAAAAAGGCUUUUACGCUGUGCAGCACCUGCAAUCACUGAAAAUGCUAGUAAAGGCCUGCAGGAUUUGUCGCCAAUUUUACCACAUCACUCAGAAGUUAGAGAAAAAUACAUAGAAGUUGUAAAAGAUAAAAUUCCAGCUAAACAUGUAGAAGGAGAAUUAAAAUAUCUGGAGGCAGACUAUGAUAAGCUUCUAAAAAAUUUUAAUGAAAAGGUGGAAGAAAUCUCUGUAUUGCGCAUUGAAUUAAAUGAAGCUAGGCGACUGUCCUGUGCCUCAUUGAAAAAAUCUGAACAAGCAGAAGCCAGGGCUGAAGAUAUUGAGGAAAGGUUGAAAUGUUUUGAAGAUGAAGACAUCGUGGCUGCUGGUAACCAAGACAGAAUGAUUGAGCUGAUGCAGCAGCUAGCAAUGGCUGAUAGAAUGUUUGAAAAAAGUUUCGAAGAGCACGAGGAUCUUCAAAGGAAAGCAACGAAUCAAACAUUGCUAACUGAUGAAUUUAGAAGGAAGUACCUGGAUACUGAACAGUGUGCUGAGGAACAGAGGCAUCGAAUAGAAAUAUUGGAUUCUGAAAGAAUAAGAUAUGGAGAUGAGGUGACUACUGAGCUACAGAAGAUUAAGACCCAAUUUCAAUCAAAAUUAGAAGAAUUGACAUUACUCCCUGACUUGAUUAAUAAGACAAAUGAAAAACUUAAAGAAACUGAAGAACUAAAAACAACUGUUGAAAAGAACUGCGUCCUUUUAUCUAUGUCUUUAGAUGAUGCCAAUGAAGAGAAAGAGGCAUAUAAAGAACAGCUAGAAAUGGUAAAUAGAAAUAGAACUGAGAGUGAAGCUGAAAAGUCUUCAAUGAAAAAUUUUAAAACUGAUGUUGAAAAAAAAAUGGAAGAGACAAAAACAGAAAAUAAAAAUUUGAAGCUUUCUAUUGCUCGUAUUGAGGAAAUUGCUUUGAUGAAUGAAAGAAAAUAUGAAGAAUCAUUUGAAGAAACAAAAGAUCUUCAGAAUCAACUGGAAACUCUUCGGCAGCAAUCAGCUAGACAGAUUGCCAAGGCUAAGGACAUGUUUGACAAAACAAGACGUACUUUACAGGACCAGAUUGCUGAUUUGGAGAAGCAUCUUGCAUCCACAAGAGCAUCACAGAAAACAGCUUUUGAGGAGAGAGAUGAAAUUCGAAACAGGAUGCAAGCUCAGAUAAUACAACUCAAUGAAAAUUUGGAACAAGCACAACGGAGGAUCCGAAAUAUACAGUCCCAUAUUAAUUAUAUGAAAACAUCUUACACAUUAUCAGGAUCAGUGGGAAAAAAUGAUCAAUGAUUUCCUAAUGUUUGUGUGGCUGGCACACUGAUCGCUAAAAAUAUAGUGUAAAUAAAUUUUUUUUUUUAAUCCUUCG